GGGUUCCUCCCGCCCUAGGGUGCGGUCCGAGCCCGCUGCCCCGCCGGCUUUACCGUCCCCGGUACCACGCUUCUGGCUGACACUUGUCUGGGGGUGCCACGUAAGGUCGCCAGGUCUCCCCCGGGGCCUCCUGCUCUGGGGACGGAGCCCCGGCCGCCUACUCGUGGCUGCUGCUAGCCGGGCGCCGGGGCGGACGGCGGGGCCGGGCUCCGGACGAGCCCCAGGGCGCCCAGCUUAGAACGCAGCUCGCUGACGCCCCGGCCUUUGCUAAACAGUCCGUGAGGCCGGGUCUAGGAGGGAGCCUCUCAGGAAAGUCCCCGCGGGCUGAGGGGGACCAACUGCUGAAGCUGGCACGGUCGUCUCGGGAGCGACUUCUCCUGUAAUGGCGCCUGCGUCAAACACUAACAUGGCGGACUAGUUCGUGCGCGGCGCAAACGUCAGCACCUCUACCCCAGCGGCUCAGAAACAGCGGAGGAGAGCGGGGCCGCGCUCGCUGAUUGGCUCGUGGGUGGAGCGUGCCCGGACGGACGCUCCCCUGCCAGCCAAUAAGGAAAGGGAUAAAAGGAAUUGGCCGCUGCGCCUCCUCCAGAUGCAUGCUGGGAGCCUGGAGGACUAGCGAGGAGGAGUUGAGAGAACGGAGCGGACGCCAUGGCGGCCGACAUCGAGCAGGUUUUUAGGUCUUUCGUGGUCAGUAAAUUCCGGGAAAUACAACAGGAGCUUUCCAGCGGAAGGAGUGAAGGCCAGCUGAAUGGUGAAACAAAUGCACCCAUUGAAGGAAGCCAGACAGGUGACCCAGCUGCCUCUGCAAGGAGUCUCCCAAAUGAAGAAAUAGUCCAGAAGAUAGAGGAAGUCCUUUCUGGGGUCUUAGACACAGAACUACGAUAUAAAACAGACUUGAAGGAGGCCUCCAGAAAAAGUAGAUGUGUAUCUGUACAAACAGAUCCUACUGAUGAAGUUCCUACCAAAAAGUCAAAGAAACAUAAAAAGCACAAAAACAAAAAGAAGAAAAAGAAGAAAGAAAAGGAAAAAAAAUAUAAAAAUCAACCAGAAGAAGCUGAGUCCAAGUUGAAAUCUCAUCAUGACAGGAAUGUUGAUCUAGAGUCUGAUUCCUUUUUAAAGUUUGAUUCUGAACCUUCAGCAGCAGUGGCACUGGAACAUCCUGUAAGAGUAUUUGGCUUAUCUGAGGCCCGUGAAACCCCUUUAGUGCUAGAACCUCCAGUAGGAUCAGUGGAGGCUCAGGAGUCACAUGCUUUAGAGACUCUGAAGCCUCCUACAAAAACUGCAGAACUGUCUGUUGGAUCUACAUCAGUAAUCUCAGAGCAGCCUGAACAGCCUGUGUCAGUUACAAUGGAACCCUCAACGACCAAGAGUCUGGAUUCCUUUGCAGCAGCACCAGUGCCUAUGUCAACAGCAGUGCUGAAGUCACCUGAGCCCGUUGUAACAAUGUCAGUGGAGUAUCAGAAGUCUGUGCUGAAAUCUUUGGAGACUGCGCCUCCAGAGAUAUCAAAGACCACGCUGGUAGAGCUUCCCAUAGUAGCAAAAGUGCUUGAGCCACCAGAAACCCUCAUGAUAGUAUCAGAGAUACCUACUGAGGUGCACCCUGAACCAAGCCCAUCAACAAUGGAUUUUCCAGAGUCAUCUACAACUGAUGCACUAAGAUUGCCAGAGCAGCCUGUAGAAGCACCAUCGGAGAUUGCGGAUUCAUCCGUGACAAGACCUCAGGAGUCAGUGGAGCUGCCUAAGACCACAGCGGUGGAUCUGCAGGAGUCGUUGGUGGCCUCAGCCCUGGAGUUGCCGGGGCCACCUGCGACCUCCAUGCUGGAGUUGCAGGGGCCCCCUGUGACUCCAGUGCUGGAGUUGCCUGGGCCCUCUGCCACCCCGGUGGCAGAGUUGUCAGGGCCCCUUUCCACCCCAGUGCCUGAGUUGCCAGGGCCCCCUGCGACAGUAGUGCCUGAGUUGCCGGGGCCCUCUGUGACACCAGUGCCACAGUUGUUGCAGGAAUUGCCCGGGCCUCCAGCACCAUCCUUGGGGUUGGAGCCACCACAGGAGGUACCAGAGCCGCCUGUGAUGGCACAGGAGUUGCCAGGGGUGCCUGCAGUGUCAGCGGCAAUGGAAUUGACAGGGCAGCCUGCAGUAACAGUAGCAAUGGAGUUGACCGAACAGCCUGUGACGACGACAGAGUUCGAGCAGCCCGUGGCGAUGACAUCGGUGGAACAUCCUGGGCAUCCUGAGGUGACAACAGCAACAGGGUUGCUGGGGCAGCCGGAGACGAUGGUGCUGGAGUUGCCAGGACAACCAGUGGCAACCACAGGUCUGGAGUUGUCUGGGCAGCCUUCAGUGACUGGGGUGCCAGAGUUGUCGGGGCUGCCUUCGGCAACUAGGGCACUGGAGUUGUCAGGGCAGCCUGUGGCAACUGGGGCACUGGAGUUGCCUGGGCAGCUCAUGGCAACUGGGGCACUGGAGUUCUCAGGGCAGUCUGGGGCAGCUGGAGCACUGGAGCUUUUGGGGCAGCCCCUGGCAACAGGGGUGCUGGAGUUACCAGGGCAGCCUGGGGCGCCAGAGUUGCCUGGGCAGCCUGUGGCAACUGUGGCGCUGGAGAUCUCUGUUCAGUCUGUGGUGACAACAUCGGAGCUGUCAACGAUGACCGUGUCGCAGUCUCUGGAGGUGCCCUCGACGACAGCGCUGGAAUCCUAUAAUACGGUAGCACAGGAGCUGCCUUCUACAUUGGUGGGGGAGACUUCUGUAACAGUAGGAGUGGAUCCCUUGAUGGCCCAAGAAUCCCAUAUGUUAGCUUCUAACACCAUGGAUACCCAUAUGUUAGCAUCCAACACCAUGGACUCCCAAAUGCUAGCAUCCAACACUAUGGAUUCUCAGAUGCUAGCAUCUAAUACCAUGGAUUCACAGAUGUUAGCAUCUAGCACCAUGGACUCCCAGAUGUUAGCCUCUAGCACAAUGGACUCCCAGAUGUUAGCAACUAGCUCCAUGGACUCCCAGAUGUUAGCAACCAGCAGUAUGGACUCCCAGAUGUUAGCAACCAGUUCCAUGGACUCCCAGAUGUUAGCAACCAGCAGUAUGGACUCCCAGAUGUUAGCAACCAGCUCCAUGGACUCCCAGAUGUUAGCGACCAGCAGUAUGGACUCCCAGAUGUUAGCGACCAGCAGUAUGGACUCCCAGAUGUUAGCGACCAGCAGUAUGGACUCCCAGAUGUUAGCAACCAGUUCCAUGGACUCCCAAAUGUUAGCAUCUGGUGCUAUGGAUUCUCAAAUGCUAGCUUCUGGCACCAUGGAUGCUCAGAUGUUAGCAUCUGGUACUAUGGAUGCCCAAAUGUUAGCAUCUAGUACCCAAGAUUCUGCUAUGAUGGGUUCAAAAUCUCCUGAUCCUUAUAGGUUAGCUCAGGAUCCUUACAGAUUAGCUCAGGAUCCCUAUAGGUUGGGUCAUGACCCCUAUAGGUUAGGGCAUGAUGCUUACAGGUUAGGACAGGACCCCUAUAGGUUAGGCCAUGAUCCCUACAGACUAACUCCUGAUCCCUAUAGGAUGUCACCCAGACCAUACAGAAUAGCACCCAGGUCCUAUAGAAUAGCACCUAGGCCAUACAGAUUAGCACCCAGACCCUUGAUGUUAGCAUCUAGACGUUCUAUGAUGAUGUCCUAUGCUGCAGAACGUUCCAUGAUGUCAUCUUAUGAGCGCUCUAUGAUGUCUUACGAACGCUCCAUGAUGUCCCCCAUGGCUGAGCGCUCUAUGAUGUCAGCCUAUGAGCGCUCUAUGAUGUCAGCUUAUGAGCGCUCCAUGAUGUCACCUAUGGCUGAGCGCUCUAUGAUGUCAGCUUAUGAACGCUCUAUGAUGUCAGCUUACGAACGCUCCAUGAUGUCCCCUAUGGCUGAUCGAUCUAUGAUGUCCAUGGGUGCCGACCGGUCCAUGAUGUCAUCGUACUCUGCAGCCGACCGAUCUAUGAUGUCAUCCUACUCUGCAGCUGACCGAUCUAUGAUGUCAUCUUACACUGAUCGAUCAAUGAUGUCUAUGGCAGCUGAUUCUUACACUGAUUCUUACGCUGAUUCCUAUACAGAGGCAUAUAUGGUGCCUCCUUUGCCUCCUGAAGAACCCCCAACAAUGCCACCAUUACCACCUGAGGAACCACCAAUGACGCCACCAUUGCCUCCUGAGGAACCACCAGAGGGUCCGGCAUUAUCCGGUGAACAGUCGGUAUUAACAGCUGAGAAUACUUGGUCUACAGAGGUGACAUUACCUACUGAAGAAUCUGUAUCACAGCCUGAGCCUCCUGUGAGUCAAAGUGAGAUUUCAGAGCCUUUGGCAGUACCUGCUAAUUAUUCAGUAUCAGAAUCUGAGACUUCAAUGUUAGCAUCAGAGGCUAUUAUGACUGUUCCAGAACCUGCACAGGACCCAGAGUCUUCAGUCAUAGCAACACCAGUUGAGUCUGCAGUUGUAGCAGAGCAUGAAAUGGUGACAGAGAGACCAGUGACUUACAUGGUUUCUGAGACUACCAUAUCAGCUGAACAAACUGUGCUAUCAGAGCCUUCUGUUAUGUCGGAGACAUCGGAAACAUACGAUUCCAUGAGACCAUCAGGACAUGCUAUUUCAGAGGUAUCUAUGUCCCUCUUGGAGCCAGCAGUAACUAUUUCACAGCCAGCAGAGAGCAGUCUGGAGCUUCCGUCCAUGGCUGUCCCAGCACCUCCCACUAUGACUACCCCAGAAUCUCCUGCUGUUGCCGUCCCAGAACUUUCUGCUGUGGCCAACCAAGAACUUCCCAUUAUGGUUGUUCCAGAAACCCCCACUGUGGCUGUCUCAGAACCUCCUGCUGUGACUGCCCCAGACCCUUCUGCUAUGACUGCUCCAGAACUUUCCUCCAUGCCUGUCUUAGAACCUCCUGUGGUUGUCCCAGAGGUUCCAGCUUUGGCUGACCCAGAGCAUGCUACAACUGCAGGGUCAGGUGUUUCUUCCCUGGAGCCUUCUGUGCCUAUCUUGGAACCAGCAGUAUCAGUCGUUCAACCUGUUAUGGUUGUUUCAGAACCAUGUGUUCCUGUCCAGGAACCUACUGUGGCCAUUUCAGAACCUGCUGUCACAGUUUCAGAGCAUAGUCAAGUAAUAUCCUCGGAGAUGGCUUUAGAGCCUUCACCACCAAUAGUGGAGUCCAGUGUUUUUCCAUCACAUGUUAUCAAAGAAAGGAAUUUACUUUCUGGUGAUCAAAGUUUUGGUCAAGAGGUUGGCAUGCAGGAGAUUCUGUUGCAUUCAGGUGAAGAGCCACAUGAUGGAGGGCACUUGAAAAGUGACUUGUAUGAAAAUGAAUAUGACAGAAACACAAACCUUACUGUAAACAGUCAUUCAAUUGCUAAAGAUGAUACAGUGUGUUCUGCUGCCAUUGGUCCUGUUGGUGAAACAAGUGAAGAGAGAAUCAUGCCUGUUGAGGCUAAGGAAGUCACAGAAUUGGAUACCUGUCCUGCUGUCAGUGAAGCUGAUGCGGGAAGAAGCCUAUCUUCUCAACUAGUUCUGGAACCAGAUACAACGGGAACUAGUAAGGGGUUGGAAUUUGUUACAGCAUCUGUUCCCAGUUUAGAUAGUAAAUAUGAUGGUGAUGUAUCUUUAACCACUCAAGAUACUGAACAUGACAUGGUAAUUUCCACCAGCCCUAGUGGUGGCAGUGAAGCUGACAUAGAGGGACCUUUGCCUGCUAAGGACAUUCAUCUUGAUUUACCAUCAGCAAAUCUUGUUUGUAAGGAUACAGAAGACUCAUUUCCCAUAAAAGAGAGUGACCAGACAGUAGCAGUUGCUCUUAGUCCUAAAGAAAGCAGUGAAGAUAAAGAAGUACCUCCUCCCAAUAAAGAAACAGUUCCUGAUUCAGGAUAUCCUGCCAGCAUUGAUGAGAUUAACGAAGCUGACUUAGUGAGACCGUUACUUCCUAAGGACAUGGAACGUCUUACAAGCCUUAGAGCUGGCAUUGAAGGACCUUUACUUGCAAGUGAAGUUGAACGGGACAGAUUGGCUGCCAGUCCAGUUGUAAUUAGUAUACCAGAAAGAGCCUCAGAGUCAUCUUCAGAGGAAAAGGAUGACUAUGAAAUUUUUGUCAAAGUUAAGGACACACAUGAAAAAAGCAAGAAAAAUAAAAACCGUGACAAAGGUGAAAAAGAGAAGAAAAGGGACUCUUCAUUAAGGUCUCGGAGUAAGCGCUCCAAGUCUUCUGAACAUAAGUCACGCAAGCGCACCAGUGAGUCUCGUUCUAGAGCAAGGAAGAGGUCAUCUAAGUCCAAGUCUCAUCGUUCUCAAACACGUUCACGAUCACGUUCAAGACGCAGGAGGAGGAGUAGCAGAUCAAGAUCUAAGUCUAGAGGAAGGCGGUCUGUAUCAAAAGAGAAACGCAAGAGAUCUCCAAAGCACAGGUCCAAGUCGAGGGAAAGGAAAAGGAAAAGAUCAAGCUCCCGGGACAACCGCAAAACAGUUCGGGCUAGGAGUCGAACUCCCAGUCGUCGCAGUCGGAGCCACACUCCUAGUCGUCGGAGAAGGUCUAGAUCUGUUGGUAGAAGGAGGAGCUUCAGCAUUUCCCCCAGCCGCAGGAGCCGCACCCCCAGCCGCAGGAGCAGAACCCCCAGCCGCAGGAGUCGCACCCCCAGCCGCAGGAGCCGAACCCCCAGCCGCAGGAGCCGAACCCCCAGCCGCAGGAGCCGCACCCCUAGCCGCAGGAGAAGAUCAAGGUCUGUGGUAAGAAGACGAAGCUUCAGUAUAUCACCAGUCAGAUUGAGGCGAUCAAGAACACCUUUGAGAAGAAGGUUUAGUAGAUCUCCCCUUCGUCGUAAAAGAUCCAGGUCUUCUGAAAGAGGCAGAUCACCCAAACGUCUAACAGAUUUGGAUAAGGCUCAAUUACUUGAGAUAGCCAAAGCUAAUGCAGCUGCCAUGUGUGCUAAGGCUGGUGUUCCUUUACCACCAAACCUAAAGCCUGCCCCUCCACCUACAAUAGAAGAGAAAGUUGCUAAAAAGUCUGGAGGAGCUACCAUAGAAGAACUAACGGAGAAAUGCAAACAGAUUGCACAGAGUAAAGAAGAUGAUGAUGUAAUAGUGAAUAAACCUCAUGUUUCGGAUGAAGAGGAAGAAGAACCUCCUUUUUAUCACCAUCCCUUUAAACUCAGUGAACCCAAGCCUAUCUUUUUCAAUCUGAAUAUUGCUGCAGCAAAACCAACUCCACCAAAAAGCCAAGUAACAUUAACAAAGGAAUUUCCCGUGUCAUCUGGAUCUCAGCAUCGGAAAAAAGAAGCCGAUAGUGUUUAUGGAGAAUGGGUUCCUGUGGAGAAAGAUGGUGAAGAAAACAAGGAUGACGAUAAUGUUUUCAGCAGCAGUUUGCCCUCAGAGCCUGUGGACAUCUCAACAGCAAUGAGUGAACGGGCACUUGCUCAGAAGAGACUCAGUGAGAAUGCUUUUGACCUUGAAGCCAUGAGUAUGUUAAAUCGAGCUCAAGAACGGAUUGAUGCCUGGGCUCAGUUGAACUCUAUCCCUGGGCAGUUCACAGGAAGUACAGGAGUGCAAGUCCUAACACAGGAACAGCUGGCCAAUACUGGUGCCCAAGCCUGGAUUAAAAAGGUGCUGUUCAGAAUCCUCCGCAGUUCCUGUUGGACUACUAACCUAAUCAUUUCAGAGCAGUGUGCUCAAACAUUUUCAUCACGGGAUACUUUAUUACAGGUUUAGUUUUGGUGGAUCACUACCCCCAAGAGCCCUUUGCCACCCUAAUACUCCAUUCCUCUAUCCUUGUCCUCUCAUUAGUGCCUGCACCCGCUUAUAAAUACCUUUGCUCCUACCUUCCUGUUAUGACUUCUAGCCCCAGGUCCCUAUAUGGUGGUCAACUAUUAGAUCUAAUUAAGUGGUUGGGAGGCCCUAAUUAAUACUGCAUGUGGUAAACUUGCCAUGGGACUGAAAGGUGGGAGGAGGAUGGCUGUGGAAUGUGGGGUGGGCAGUUGUGAAGGGGGGUAAGAGGGUGGGUUGGGCUGGAGAUAACUAUCUGUGGACCACCAUUUAGGUCCUGGUGGCCUCUGGUGAUCCACAGACUCAAUUUGAGACCCACUGACUUCAUGAAAAAACAGGAUAUGUAAGACCUAAAAUCAAGGGAGAGGACGGACAUCUCAUGCUACGAAGAUGUAGGUGCACCUGAUCUCAGAUUCCUGCAAUGAGAUUUGUCAACGCUACCUACGGCUACCUCAUUGUUGGGGGAGUCUUAGGUGGUUAAAAGGGGGUAUUCUGAAAAAAUGACGCUUGGUGACGGGCUGUGGUUUGGUUGGAUGGGUGAUGAGAAAUUUGUUUCAGGAGUACUGGCAACAGCAGUGCUGAAACUGGGAGGCUGCGUGGUCUCUUGGAUUGGGAAGGUUUCUUUGUCCUGCUGUACUCCUGACUCCUUGUGUGAUCGUGGGCAAGUAAUUCCUUGGAAUUUUUGUCUCCCAAGUGUCAAGUGGUGGGAGACAGGUUCUUAUCAAUGUUUCCAACAAAUGGGUACCUUAUUACUUGUAGAAUUGGAUGAGCUGAAGUUUUUAAAAAAGAAAAUUUUGGUUGCUUUGGACAUUUAAUAUCAUAACAGUUUUAUAAUUAGCAUUCCCUGUGGUUUUAUUAACUAAUUAUUAAUUAAUAUAAGGUAUUACACAUCUUCAUUGUGCUUGCAUUUCCCCUAUUAAGAAAGUUGCACGCAUAUAUAUACCUAGGCAUUGGUUUUGGGGGAAAAAGGGAUAAUCUAGCAAUAUUUUUAAUGAUUAGAUGAAUUUUAUAUACUAAUACUUCAUAUAAAUUAUAGAAGUUGAUAGUUGAAAAGUAAAUUUCAUUUUAGUGGGGAGGAAUUGUUUACUUUUUUUUUGACAUUGGGCUUUAAAACCGGGGCCCUCAGUUUUAGGUAGUAACUAAGCAAGCUUUCGAAAGUCACACGUUCAGUCAUGCUUUAUUUAUUUGGUCCUGAAGCUCAGUGUUUGGUAUUUGUGAGUAUUUAUGCUUGUAAUAGUUCAUGUGCAUUGCCAGGUAGAAGCUUCUGGAAGGUUUUCCAUUGUGAAAUGUGCUGCUCUCUGUGUAUGUGUAAAGAGCAGAUAAACAUAAGUGAAUUUCCAAGGUGAGUUUGCACUUAAGUGGCUCCCUAACUCCGUCUCACAAAUAGAUUUGUGCUGUUUUUCAGCUUGUAAGUAGUUAUUGUUUACUAGAACCUUGAAAAUGAUUUAGCUUUACAUUUUAUAUAGGAUAUAAUCUGGGAAGCAAAUUCUUACAUUAUAGAAGGAAUCAAGGAUCACAGGAAAAUGAUCGUAUUGUGAAUUACUGGGCAGAGUGUCUGUUGGAUGGGAACUGGAGGAGCAUUAUUUUAUUAAAACAGGCAGUGCGUUUACGAGUCAUGAGCAACUAAAAUUUCAUUGGCAUUUUUCAAACGUUCUUUCUACACCCAUUAAUUGUGUUUAGGAAAUGUUGAAAUGGCCAUUUGGCUUUUCUUGGCCCAGCACUGUCACGUAUUAAAAACCAUAGGGAAUACCAACUAAUACCCUGUGUUCUUUAUUUUGUUUUAGAAUACUUUUAGAUUGAGAGAAAUAUUUCAUUUAUAUUCUCAUUUAUCAGAAAGACAUUUAAAACUUCAUUAAUUUUAAGGGACCUUUAUGUACUCAAAUUAUUUGGGUUUUAAUUUCAUAAUAAUGUUGGUUAUUGUGGUCUCAUUAGACCAAGACAGCUUUUUACACUGGGUAAAGAGGCAGGUGCUAAUAUAAUAUCAAACAGAAGUGGAAAACUGGGCUACGUGGGGAUUUAUAUUGUACUCUGUCUGUACAGUUGCCCUUUUUUUUAGGAGUGUUACCUGGAAAAGAGGGGAGAUGAACCUGAAGUAAGUAUAGUCAUUCUAGGUGUGUAGCAUCAAGGCAGUGGAAACCCAAGCAUCAGCUAACUUUUCUCUUUAUACAUCCACAAUGCAUGGCCUGCACCAAAUAAGGAACUGAACCAGGGGUAUGUUUUUACCUCCACAGCUGCCUCCUUCCAUCAGAGCACCUUGUUGAACUUAAUGUCUAGUCACAUGUCCUUGGCAUAUUUUCUCCCCAACAUUUAAUUAUAAAGCUGGGAAACAAAGCUUAUAUAUUUUACUGCAGUGUAAAAAAUAUAACUUUUAAGUAUCAGCUUACUUGGUAGAAGGAAAAAGAAUGCAUUCCUGCUUGCUGAGCUACCAAACAUUUGACUCUGUAAUGACUUAGUAUAUAUUUGGCAGAGAACAUUAAUGUAAAAUGUUAUAAUAAUCUGAAAUAAAACGUUUAGAGAUGCUUCAAUUAAAAAGGAAAAAACCCCACAUAGAUCAGCAACAGAAUUCAUUGCUGAUAGAAUGUGCAUUGACACCUAUUUCAAGAGGCACUGGCCAUUUCUCAGCUGGAAGAUCCAAGACUGCUGACCUUGCUAAUGCACAUAGUUGUGCAGCUCAGGACAUUAAGUGGUUUGCUGCUUUGAUGGAAAUUAUGGUUCAGUGGGUUGGAUACGAGAGAGAUGAUUGUUCACAGAAUAACCUGUGAACUUUCACCCCUCUGUAUGGAAACUUGUUUCAGGGCCAAAUCCUUGUAGCUGUCUUCUUGCCCCGGUCAGUGCCAGCCGUACUAUUCACAACACUGCUGCUACCGAGGCCUAGGUAUGUAAACAUUUAAGGAGUUUUUUAAGUCUCUUAACAUCAAGCCAGGUUUUAGAAGAAUUCAGAUUUGGUAUACUCAGGGUAUCUGAUGUGCUUAUAACUUACUACAUGUAAAUUUAUUCCGUUUAUAGGGAUUUUCUAAGUAAAAAUUUGAUACUUGCUUUAUAGUAGAAUGGGGAAGAAAACUGGAUGACAACUGUAUGCUUCUUCAGUGUCCAAACUAUUUUAAAAUAAUUUCUAGGCUUUAUUCAUAAACUAGGUAUACCUGAGAUAAUAUUAUUGACUGUUUUAACAUUGCCUUCUUUUUAUUUUACAAGCUAAGAAGAGAUACCAGUGAACCUAAAUAGUGGACGAAAACAGGAGUGCUCUUUUUGUUGUUGUUUUUUUUUUGGAGGGGGGCACCGAGGGGCAACUGUUAAAAUUGCCAUUUGACUUUCAAGUGUUGGUAAUUAUUACUAGAACAUAAGCUACAGAAUGUACUAAGCAUAGUAGAGUUUUAAUGCUACUGAUCUAGAAGUAAAGGAAGAUUUAACGUUGUAGUUCAGUUCUAACUGUAAAAUGGGGGCCUUUUCCCUUUUUUUCUUUGAAUAGGAUCAGUUUUUAAGAGCAGCCCCAGUA